CUUCAAUCUCUGCUCGAUCUCAGUUACCUGUGUUUUGACCCUGAAGACCCAGUCUGCCGCGACCGUCUCCGCAUCCGACGACCACUUCAUAUCUUGGUUUCUCUCUGCUGUCAAUGGACCGGCAAGGAAUGUUGGUGUACCUCCAACGGUGUUGCAGCGCCAGGUCCAGCUGUUACGUUACGUUUUACUGGAACCCUAUCUUGUUCGAUUUCUUUCCAAGGAUAAGCAAGAGACGAGAAUCCCAUUGUUUCUUCUGCCUGCACAAGGUCAUCACCGCCCUGCAAGAGCAGAAACGAAAUCUUCUUCGGAGAUGAGGUAAGCCAAAUCAUAGAAUGGUCCAGCCCUGAUACUGGAGGUGCAUUCUGGAUCAUCUGUUAUCCGCAUUCCAUCGUAUUCUUGUUAUCCCUUGCUCUGAGCUAGCUCAAUCUCCCACAUUCCAUUCUCCAGAAAACAUGAUCUUGCUUGAAUCUUCCCUGCGAUGUCGCAUCGACGAAGUUCACCAUGAGCACCGCGCCGCGAAUCGCUGAAAGAGGUCGACAAUGUGGCCCUUAUGGCUUGUCAUCGUUGUCGCCGUUGCAGGUGCGGUGAUAUUCACCAUCACCGGGAUCCUCCUAGCGGUUAGCUUAGAACGACGGCGACACCACAUUCUUCUUCGAAAUCAUGGUCUCACCAGAGACCUCAUUACGUAUCACAGACCGAACCUCAGCGCAAACGAAAACAACUAUUCCCAUGUCACACUACCCGGCAGAUACCUGAGACGAAGCAUCCAAAUGCCAUAUGGCAUCGUAUCAAUUGGUAGCAGCGAGUACCUCUCGACGAGAGAUGAAGAAAAGGAUGCUCCGACAGAUCCGCAGUCAUUUCAUGACUCGGAAGAAGUGCUCAGGGCUCAACAAACAAGGGAUAUCAAGCGUUCGUUCAACAGUCACCCUCUUCAUAUCCCAAAAACGCGUAGGCAGAAGAAGAUCCAGAAGGUUAUGCCCCUCGAAAAGGCACAGAAGUCACCACUCUCGGCUAUUACCGAGUUCACCGAUCCCGAAUGUCCAUCGCCGGUUGUGGCAGACGUCCCACGACAGUCAUCAACAAGUGAUCCGUUGGACAAAACAGUCAGAAGCGCUGAAAGACAAUUUUCCAUGCAGUGGCCUCUGAUGUCAUCCAAGUCUCGACUGGAUCCAGCACCCACAGAGGUCCUGUCAAUGGCUGCGCGAUCCAGCAUGCUCAUGCGGAUGUGGGGAGUAAAUCCCGUUUCAAAUGCACGGCCUGCACCCCUUGUCAGGACGGUGAGCGCAAGCAGCACGGCCUCCUCGGCACCGGAAGAGCCAUUACCACCUCUGCAAACGACAGAUGUUUACAGCCACACACGCAUACAGGAUUCGAGGCCGAGAGCGUCACACGCCAGUCUGGACACUGUUGGAAGCUCUGUCCUGGGGACAUCUAUGAACUCGACAAAUGAUGCUGCGAAGUCAACUGUCACCAGUUUUGAUGUACAAGGCGGUUUUACUGGCUUCGAACUUGAUCUCAGACGCAAACCAUCCGCCCCGAGACUACAAUUAGAGCCAGGCAGACCGGUCCACCGCGGGCAUCACACGAGCAAACCUAGCCUACGUUCCAUUCAUCCAACCUUUGACAUGAACAGGUCAACUCCGGAGCGGAGUCAUACAAAGCCGCUGUCUCAACCUGUGCCGACCAUCAUCGUUCGAGAAGAGCCUUUCAAGACCAUCGAUGCUAGCCAGUGGGAGAGUCAACUAGGACUGGGCGUGGAAAAGCCCCGUGCUGGAAGCGCCAACAGACAUUCAAUGAUUGAGCCUUUCAGACUGUCGCAGUGGCGCGCUGCAAGUGAUCCUCUGAUGGCGAAUGUCGGAAUAGGAGACGCCAAUGUUGUUGGUCUCGACCUUCAACGGCCCGCCUCGGUUGCAACAGCAAACCCUCUGCAAUGGGACCUGCAAGGAGAAUUUUCCAAGAUCCGGCGAUCAAUAUCGCCCUUAAAUGGACCUAGAAGAGGCCACAAGCGACAGAAUUGCGUCCGUAUUACGAAUCUUCCUGCUUUGACACCCAUACCCAAACGAUUUGGGCAAUUACCCGAACUGCAAGAAGAGCAGCAGCCCAUGCCACAGAGUGACAAAGUUCAUCAGCAGAGCAGAACGAAGCAGCCUAAGAUAAGAGUGCGCCCCAUCAAAAUUGAAGUCGACUCUUCACCAACACCGACACCAAGGCCAUCACCGUUUACGAACUGUCCAAUCCUGACUCCUACCAUUACGCGACCGCCACGAAAGCAAUAUAUUCAGCCGCCGAGAAGUAUAGCUCCCGACAGGCCACGACCUGACUCGGACGUUUUUAACUCCAAUACCGGCUUAUUAACGGCAUUUGCUAGCACAUCGCGGCCAUGGCCCUUGUCGCCCCGGCUAGAAAGUCAUAUGCCCUUCACCAGCACGCCGCCAUCUGUGGAUUGCAACGACGACCAACCACCGUUCCAAUCUCCCAUCCUGCCGUCACCAGCACUGAAAGUAUCAGCUCUAUAUCCCCGCAAAUCUCUCGUCAAAGGGCCGCGACAUCCACGUACAGCAAACCAAAAGGUACGAGGUACAACAUGCUCGAGCCCACUGCAGAACAAACAAGGGUGCACAUUUCGCGUCAGCAAGGACCAUGUGGCAGCGACAGCGACCGCGGAACCAGGAGAAGUCGACCUGCGAAAAUCAGUCAUGCUGAUGAGAAGCCUCAAUUCGGACAACAGGCUGGCGAACUACAGCAGUAGCAAGACGCACAUGGUCAUUGGUGCUCUGGGGGAGGAGGACAAUGGCUUGCGGACUCCAAGCUAUGCAUCUACUCCUAUGACAACGUCGCCAGUGCUUGACCGCGAUCGAGCUCCUGAUCCGAGGACGACGCUGCACCCAACAAGGCCGAAGAUGGUAGCUCCUACGCCUACGCUGAGUGUCUAUCCUCCUCACCCACGACAACUCUCGGCCUCGCCAUCUGCUGUCUCGUCGACCGGGGCAGGGUCAGUAUGGGAAGACGACAGCGUGCGCGGCGAGAGUCCGGAGCCGACACCUGAACCGCAGUUUCCGCCACUUGCCUUGCGGCCAAGGCCGAAUAUCAGUCUGGACUCCCGCGCUCAUCAAAGAAUGGAUGCGCAUACGCAUUAUGCUGCACAGCCUGGAAGCCGGGACUUGGACUUGGACUUCAAGGCCCCGGAGUCGCUAUGGAAGGUUAAGGUUCGGGCUGGAAACUCCAGUCGCCGUUUAUCACAGGGCCUUGAACUUGCCCAGCAAGGCUUUCUUGGCAGUGCCGGUGCUGGUGCUGAUGGUGUGUACGAGCCCGAAAAUGCACACAAUGCGCACUUGGUCUCCACGCUGGUGCAGAAUCUCGAGCGCGUCGUCAACGGUGGGCAAUGGGACGUGGACGCUGACGCCGGGACCGAGCGCGACCAUGACCACGACAAAGUUGUGUUUCAGGGUCGAAGGAGCAGGAGUAGGAGUGUAAUACGUGGAAAGGCCCUCCCGGAAAGGUUUGAAGGAUCAGGAUUUGGCUUGGGAUUGAGGUUGGGAGACUCGACGCCGCCUUCUCAUUGACAGUGUUGAUGGCGCGCACGGACGUAGCAAGUACAAUUCAGAAUCCAG